AUGGGGAAGCUUGGGGAGCUUCUGGCGCACCCGGAGGAGAUUAUACCCCUGGCGAAGAUGUUUUAUGCCAGCAAGCAGGCUUGCAAGCUGCCAUUGGACCCCAAGCUCGCAUUCUGUUACGACAUCCUCAACACGGUGUCGCGCAGCUUUGCGGUUGUCAUUCAGCAGCUGCCAAACCCGCUGCGCGACGCUAUCUGCGUGUUCUACCUGGUACUGCGCGGCCUGGACACCGUUGAGGAUGACAUGGCCAUCCCCAACGACAAGAAAAUCCCAGACCUACUCAAGUUCCACGAGUACAUCUACCAGCCGGGCUUCAACAUGCAGUGUGGGUACGGUCACUACGUCCGGCUGAUGCGGGAGUUUGGCACCGUGGUGGACGUCUUCCUCUCCCUGGAUGCCAGGUUCCAGUCUGUCAUCGCCGACAUCACGCGGCGCAUGGGGGCGGGCAUGGCAGAGUUUGUUGAGCGCGAGGACUGCGAGACUCGGGAGCAGUACGACUUGUACUGCCACUACGUGGCGGGGCUUGUCGGCAUCGGGCUCAGCCAGCUCUUUGCCUCCAGCGGCCUGGAGUCUGACUACUUUGCGAAGAACGAGGACCUGUCAAACCACAUGGGGCUGUUCCUGCAGAAGACCAAUAUCAUCCGCGAUUACCUGGUGGGACGCGGGGAUGGGGAGACGGAGGACAUCACGGAGGAGCCUGCCCCCCGCAUGUUCUGGCCCAGGGAGGUCUGGGGCCGCUACGCCUCCAGCCUGGACGAGUUCAAGGACCCGGCCAACAGGACCGCGGCCAUACACUGCCUGAACGACCUGGUGACGGACGCGCUGCGCCAUGUGCCGCACUGCGUGGCGUUCCUGCAGCAGCUGCGCGACCCGGACGUGUUCAGGUUCUGCGCCAUCCCCCAGAUCAUGGCGGCCGGCACCCUCUCGCUCUGCUACAACAAUGGCGGCGUGUUUGAGGGCGCCGUGAAGCUGCGCCGCGGCGAGACAGCGCGCGUGUUUGAUGAGCUCCGCACCAUGGCCGACGUGCACGCCUGGUUCGGCCGCUACCUGCGGCUGCUGCGGCGCAAGGCCCUCUCAGUUGCCAGCCACGACCCCACCGCCAAGGAGGCGCGUGCUGCGGUGGACAGCUGCCUCAAGAUCGUGGAUGAAGGGUCGGCAGAGGUGGGGGAUGCGGCCACCCUGACCACCAGCGAGCGGCUGGGAGGCAUGUUGGCGCUCAUGCUUGCCGGCGCUUUCUUCUACCGAGCCUGGGGGAUGGGCGUCGGGUCGGCAGGCGCGCUGGGCGCGGCGGCGGCGCGGCGCGCCGUGCCGCCCCUGGCUGCCCCCAAAUUUCAGCGCCCCCACCCACUGGCAAACCCCGCAGGCGCCGCCCUGCUGGGCAGCGGCCCUCUGCUUCCACUCACGGACGCCGGCCUAGAGAGGUACCUGUCGCUGGUGAUGCUCGCCGCCUGCGUCGUGCGCGUGAUCGCCGUCAGGGCGUGA